AGUAUUUAGAUAGAUGAUACCAUCUUCCUGCUCUCCCUGCUGGAGUGGUUGCAAAGACGAGAACUGCAGCUGUGAACUAGUGGGGUGAAGCUAUUUGUGGUGUGGUCACUUGUCAGCGUUCACGGUGCUGGCAUGCACUAAAGAGAACUGAGGAGGGACAUCCUUGGAUCCAUUUCUUUGAAUUUUUAGAGCCUUUUUGGAAAGGGAAGUGUGCGCCUGUAGGUGUGAUCUCCUGUUUAACCAAGUGAUUCAUCAGCGUUAGACAAAUCUUGCAGCCCUGUCCCUAAAGGGUCUCCUGCUGUCUGUCAACAGGAACUGGAUCACUAUGGACAGAUGAACUUCCAACACUGACAAUAGUAAACACCUCCCCCAGCCAUUCUUCAAGGAGGUAGAUUCGAUGUUCCAAGUGUCACAGGCCUCCUUCCACCUCUGCCGCACCCUCUCUUCUGCGUUCUCCGAUUCAAGACAGCUCAGAAGAUACUGAUGUCAGGAGAAUUACACUGAAGGCCUACCUACGAAACGGGCACUGCAACGAGGAGCCCUGUUCCCAGAGGAGCGCGCUACUGUGUAGAUCACACUCGCACACUUCUCCUCCAGCCUCCGGUCUGCUAAGCAUGAAUCUUGCUUCUAUUUGUAUUGUGGUUCAGAAGAACCUAUUUUUCCAGGCCUGAACUCUGCAGCAGGGUUAGACGUUAUCUCACCUGGACAGAUGAACCUCGUGCUCUUUAAUAAUGUUGUAAAAGCAUCACCUUCUGACCGCUGUCAGAAACAGGAUACUGAGCUACACAGACCUUUGUCUGACCUGCAUUGCCAAGGUCAAGAGCUCGUGGUGGCUAAAUCACAGCUUGAGCGCAGGAUGGUGGUGCUUGGACGGUGCUGGAGAGAGUGACCGUCCCGUGUGGGAGCCAUGGAGCAGCUGGGAGAGCCAGGGCUCACGCGGACAGGGCAGAGUCCUCGGUUGCUGGAGCUGGAGCGUCUGCCAGCCCUGACAAAGGGGCGAUGUGGGGCUAUACGAUCCUCCCUGCGGAAGCAGAAGGGACCAGCUGGGAGCAGGAGGAAGAUCAGCCAUGCACGAGUGAAGGGGAAAGGCCAGCUGAAGCUGUCCAUCGAGGUGCAGGGCCGGAUCCUGGUGCUGCAUGUCAUGGAAGCAAAAGGUCUGAUGGGAAAGGAGUGCCGGACAUGCGACUCCUACGUGAAGAUGUCGAUCGUGCCAGAUGCUGACUGGAAGUGCAGGCAAAAGACGAAGACUGUGCCAGACAGCAAAAAUCCUGUCUUCCACGAGCACUUUCUUUUCCCAGUGCAAGAGGAGGAUGAGCAGAAACGUCUCCUGGUCACAGUCUGGAACCGAGAGAGAAAUUCCAGACAGAGUGAACUGAUCGGCUGCAUGAGCUUUGGUGUGAAGUCCCUCCUGACCCUGGACAAGGAGAUCAGCGGCUGGUACUAUCUCCUUGGGGAGGACCUGGGCAGGACCAAGCACCUGAAGGUGGCCAUGCGGCGGCUGAAGCAGAGCAGAGAGCCGACGCUGGGAAGUCAGGGUGCAGCGCAGGAAAGCCAGGAUCCUGUGACCAUGAAGCAGCUGAAGAUUACAAUCCCUCGAGGAAGCGAUGGGUUUGGCUUCACGAUCUGCUGCGACUCCCCAGUCCGUGUGCAGGCAGUGGACUCCGGUGGCCCAGCAGAAAAGGCAGGUCUGCAGCAGCUUGACACGGUGCUGCAGCUGAACGAGCAGCCUGUGGAGCACUGGAAAUGUGUAGAGCUGGCACACGAAAUCCGGAACUGUCCCACCGAGAUCAUACUGCUGGUCUGGAGGCUCGUCCCGCAGGUCAAGUCAGGACCCGAAGGCAUGAUCCGCAGAUCGUCCUGCAAGUCCGCCUACGACCUCCAGUCACCUCCCAACAAGCGGGAAAAGAACAGCACCAUGCCUCCGCGGCCCGAGCAGCGCCGGAGCUGCCAUGUACUGUAUGAUGGGAGCGAUGGGCUGGUGCUGAACAGCUGGGAGAGGUACACGGAGAUUGGCAAGCGCAGCCAGAACACCAUGCCACCCCUGUCCCGGGUCCCCUCUGCUGCGGACCAGAACUACAUCAUUCUAGCGCCUUUGAACCCAGGGAGCCAGCUGCUGAGGCCUGUCUAUCAAGAGAACAAUGCUACUGUGGGAAAUGCAUGUAAAGGGAAAUCGCACAUGGGGUCUGGGAGAAAAUCCAGGUUGAUGAAGACUGUGCAGACAAUGAAGAGCUACGGGAACUACCAGAACUGUACCAUAGUGCGGCCACACAUCCCACACUCCAGCUACGGCACGUACGUGACGCUGGCUCCCAAAGUGCUGGUGUUCCCCGUCUUUGUGCAGCCCCUAGAUCUUUGCAACCCAGCCCGGACUCUGCUUCUGUCAGAGGAGCUGCUUCUUCACGAGAGCAGAAGCAGGACGAUACAGGUGACCCUCUUUGUCUACUCCGACCUGCUGCUCUUCACCAAGGAGGACGAGCCUGGGCGCUGCAACGUGCUGAGGAACCCUCUCUACCUGCAGAGUGUCAAGCUCCAGGAAGGUUCCGAAGAUCGGAAAUUCUGCAUCCUUUACCUCGCAGAGAAGUCGGAGUGCUUAUUAAGUUUGGAGGCUUACUCCCAGGAGCAGAAGAAGAGGAUCUGCUGGUGUCUGGUUGAGAACAUCACCAAGCAGCAACAUCCAGCAUCGGCUCCUACGGAGAACAAGAUGCUGGAGACGGGCGCGGAGAAGCCGGGGCAGAUGCACUCGGAGGACAGGAAGGCAGCGGCAGGUGAUGCUCCUCCAGCUGCAGAGGCACCAGCUCCCGCUGAGUCCCGGGAAGCUCUGGGAGCCACCCAGGCUCCUCUCCUGGUGGAAAAGCAGCCGGUGGCCACAGAGAAAGGAGAGGAGCAGACCAGCUCCCUGCCAGCCUUCAUCAUCCCUGAGUUGCGGCUUGACAGCACCUUCAGCCAGAGCGCGGUGGGCAUGGCGGGCAGCGCCACGGACGGCGAGGACGAGGAGGAGGAUGAGGAGGAAGAAGAUGAGGAUGAUGAUGAGGAGGACAGCGAUGAGCACUACUUGGAGAGGAACGAGGCGAAGCGCAGCAGCAUGAUCGAGACGUCGGGCUGUCAGCCCGUCUACACGCUGAGCGUGCAGAGCUCCCUGCGGCGCCGGACCCACAGCGAGGGCAGCCUGCUGCAGGAGGCCAAGAGCCACUGCUUCACCUCCGACACCACCCUCAACUGCUCGGACAGCCAGGGCACCAAGGGCCACUGGGCCCUGCCCUCCCCCAGGACCCUCAAGAAAGAGCUCGCCAAAAACGGCGGCUCCAUCCACCAGCUCACCCUGCUGUUUUCGGGGCACAGGAAGCUGAGCGGAGCUGACCCCGAAUGCAGCUGUGACGAAGGGGACGAGACCUCCCGCAAGAAACGGAGCAGGAACCUAGCCAAGGACAUGAAGAACCGGCUGGGGAUUUUUCGGCGGCGGAACGAGUCCCCCGGGGCCAACCCCUCUGGCAAGCUGGACAAAGUGCUCAAAUCACUCAAGCCCACUCCCGAGGAAGCGCUGAAGUGGGGGGACUCCCUGGAGAAGCUGCUGCUGCACAAAUACGGACUCGCUGCCUUCAGGGCCUUCCUGCGCACCGAGUUCAGCGAGGAGAACCUGGAGUUCUGGCUGGCCUGCGAGGAGUUCAAGAAGAUCAAAUCCCAGUCCAAGAUGGUCUCCAAGGCCAAGAAGAUCUUCGCCGAGUACAUCGCCAUCCAGUCCUGCAAGGAGGUCAACCUGGACUCCUACACGCGGGAGCACACCAAGGAGAACCUGCAGAACAUCACCCGCAGCUGCUUCGACCUCGCGCAGAAGAGGAUUUACGGGCUCAUGGAGAAGGACUCCUACCCCCGCUUCCUCCGCUCUGACUUGUACUUAGACAUAAUUAACCAGAAGAAAGUCAGCUCCCCACUGUAGACCCAAGGACUCUCUCGGGGCAGGCUGGGAGCUGUGUGUUUACAUGAAAUCGGGCGGCGGAGGCCUUCCCGGGGGACGGCGGGAGCGUGCCUUCCCGCUGCCGCUCGUGCCCCCCAAGCCAUAUUCCUGCAGCGGACGGGUGUGGGGCAGCCGAAGGCACCGAGCAUGAGGCCGAGGGGACCAACAAGCCAAGCAGUCUGGUACUGCUCCAUCGCCCCGUCUCACCAUCGCUGGUACGACGCCUUCGGGGUGACUCUGGCAUGGAUUUUAGCCAGGAGGGAAGCUCCCACGAGACUACUGUGAAGCACGCACCCCAGCUGCGAGUGUUGCUGGGAGGCGACGAGUGACCCCGACUCGACGAGGAGGAGGAGGAAGGAGGACUUUUGUGCAGGGCUCCGGCAAGGGGACAACAGCACCGACGUGAACAUCUUCCCCGGAUAAAAGACUUCUGAACUGGACCAGCCCCACGAUGCUGCUGUGCUUCCCCUGCCGGCUGUGCUUCCCGGCUCCCCCGAAGCAGCCAUCUCGCAGGAGCCCGGCGCUUCCUUCGCUCGCGGCGGGUCCCCCUGGGUCCUUCCCCUGCGCCGGGGGUGUGCAAGCCACCCGCCUCCCGCUCCCACCCCUGGUUUAUUUAUUGACCUCCUAUAGCUGGACGCGUUGCUGUGUAAUAGGAAAUCCUCCUGUCCUUUCCCCUUCUGAAAUUACAAGUGCAAUAUUUGUGUGUGUCGCGGCGGAGUUCUCCGGUGGAGCGGAUGCCUUUUUUUUUUUUUUUUUGUUUGUUUGUUUGUUGGUUUUUUGUUUUGUUUUUUUGGUUUUUUUUUCUGAGUGCGUACAACAUUUUCUAAGUUAGCAAGUUUUAUCUGACAAAAACGCGUUCCCUGGCAGCGGGCCGCUGGGGGAGCCUGGGUGUAUAUAUAUAUAUAUCGUGCCCUGACGACGGAGGGUUUGGUGAUGGAGAAAAGCAGCUCUGCGCAUCAGACGCUCUCCUUACUCUGGAGACCGGUGUCGUGUUUUGAGAAGCAGGGGCUGUUGCCGAACCUGGCAGAGCUGGACGGACUGCCUGCCUCCAGGCGCCCGGUUUACAGGGCGAAGCAUCUCUGCGGCUAGCGAAAAUACAUUGUCAUGGUCAUAGGUAAAUAAAAGGAGAAUAUCA